CAGAUUCUGCCACAAAAUAGGCUCGCUCGGGAAAAAAGAAAUCUGGUCACGGUCACACCACAGAAAGGCCUUUGAGCGUUUUCUACAGUCAUUGAUUUUUGUCCUUAUAAAAGAGAGCGCUCCCGAAUUAGGCCUCUUCUACCUUCCCAAUGGACGACUCCUUCCAGUUCAUCAUUGAAUCGCCUCAGAACACCACGGGCCAUAAGAAGCGCCCGCGUCUCGUUACAUCUUGCGACAACUGUCGCCUCAAAAAGAUCAAAUGUCUACAGUCAUCUCCCGAGUCCAAAUGCGAAGCGUGCAAAGUCGCCAAAGUCGCCUGCCGAUUCAAGGACCGCGAACGCUACUUCGCCGAGCGUAGUCGCGCUAUAGCGGGCCCAAAUGUUGGAUCUCCUUAUGGCGAAGAACCGAGAUCACCCUCUCUCGACAUGCAUUCCGUUCCUUCCAGCGCGUCCCCUGUAAGCCCGCGCUCGUCCAGCAAUUCCCCGCGACCAAGCGGUGUCGCGGUACCCGAUGGGGACCCACGCUACCUAUCAUAUCCGCCAGAAUCGCGUCGCUCGACAGACAGGCGGGGAGCUUCCUCGACACUCCGUUCCUCACGGCCUGAUCCAAUAGGCCGAUCACCCGGGGCGCGUCCGCUACCCCUGUUCGAUCCAGACCGACCGCAGUUCCCUCUACCAACCUACAUGUCGCAUUUCAUACAACUUUUCUUCCAGGAGAUGGCACCCGAAUUCCCCUAUGUAACAUACGACGACGUCUCCACACGCUUCAUGAAAGGCACUUUGCCAGCUUUGCUGGCUAACUGUAUCGCCGCCUUGGCUGCUAGGUCAUCUACCGAUUCCGAACUUGCUGCACGAGGGCUCUCUCAUGUAGCGGAGACAUAUGCGGACAAUGCCAAGACAAUCUUGGCACCCAUCUCGCAGAUACCCCAGCUGACCACUUUGCAUGGUCUGAUGCUUCUUUGCUGGUUCGAAUACAAGAACAGCCGGAUGGACGGUCUGCGGGGCUACUUCCAGAUGGCCAUGGCGAUGGCGAUGAAGUUGGGCCUUUCUGAACAGAACCCGCCCGCAGUCAAUGCAUCCGAGGCUGAGCGGAACAUCAGACGAUCGACAUGGGCCUGUGUUCUGCAGCUGCAUCUCACCGUGACAUCCUACAGUUAAUCACUAGACGGGAAUGGACGUCUUAUAAUAUCCGUGGACUAGAGCGCAUAAUUAUCCGACUAAUGGCACGAUUCACAGUGGAUUAUAGACAAUCCUGAUGUACGUACCAUCGCAACUCUCUCGCAAUACAUAAUCACGAGUGGCGAUCGGUUGAGUAGCUUUGUAGGAGAGUAGGCGGCUUAGUACUGUAUACAUUCAAUUAAUACAACGCAGUUUUGCAAUUGUUAUUGGCGAUGAUAACUGGCACUGGCCGAGGCACGGAGCUUGACAGCCAUGCCAUUUUGACUACCUGGGAUAGCAUUCCACAGGCGCUGCAUCGAGGGCAUCGAGGAGACGCUUUCCUUCUUCCACACUGUUCCCGACAUCGACAAGUUAUUCGGACUGUUCGAUUGGACUAUCCCCCGAGAUUCCGGGAUGGACUGGACUCCCCCAGCCUCAUGAUAGUCAUGUCAAGCUAGACAUGGUCACAGACAGUCUGGAACGUGUCUGUGUCUCCGACCUUCUGCCCGUUUUCAGGGAUAAAAUGACAUGCCACAUGCGAGUGCGCAGAUCCUCUGGUCGACCCGACAGCUCAUUCGCAGGUCCGCGGGAAGCUGGCAAGGGCUACGGCGUCCGGCUCCUGUCCAAGCUUACUGGAAGGCGUCAGGGAAAGUACAGGCCCGAUCGCGUCACAGUCCGCACUCGGCUCCUCGCUGGACUUUGUGAGUCGAUACCCUGAAAUGCUUCCUCUCUUCCCUGGGCGUUGGACGUUCCCAGGCCAUAAUAAAGUUGCAUCUUAGGCGCUCAGGAUAGGACCCGCCCGCAGCAUCUGGAACUGUCACGUGUGCGCCCGAGGAGGAAGGACGAAUUGGGCGAGUUGUAUUUUUAGAUCCGGAUGCAUUCGUCCCCUCUCCACAGAAAACAUGGCACUGGCGCGCAGCCUGUCAUCCUGCAACUCGGAGGACGUGUGUGAUUUUGAUCGGAGACUGAACAGUCAAAAUGACAUUCGCAUGUGAAGACGUCAUCGAUUGAGAAGAAGAAUGUAUUUGACGAUAUAUGGACUCAUUGCUGUGCCAGACAGCUGUUGUGCGAUGGAGAGAGUUGCAAUGACGGUCGAAGUCCCUAACCUUCUCGGCCCGGUAUACCCGCUCACCAUGUGUGAUCCGCUGAUUAUCAGCAUAGCCAUGGCGACUUCCCCGCGCUUCGGAAGUGUCAAUGAUAAUGGCAUCGGGCUCUUUCGGUACUCUGGGGAUUUCAUUGCCCAUGCUACGGCGCGCAGACAAAGCGCCAGUCAGGCGGGCUAUUGCUAUAUAGACUGCGGUCGAUAUCCUCGACACCUGAAGCGUCUGUUAUCAUCAAGUCGGAGUCUCCGUGGAAACUCAACAGUUCAAUAUCCCGUUGGACUGAUAGUAUUAUUUGGCACUGUCGGCCCGUCACAGCCAGUCACCUUCUCUUUUCGAUACUCACCAUCCCUGGGAGGCAGAGCCUCUAUUUCCUUCGCAACAUACAGCAGCGCUGCUAUACCCCUUCUUUAUUUAGCCCUCCAUGUCGGACGUCGAUGCUCUGCUCCCGGACGGGUCGGUCUGGUUGAUGAAGACGGCUUACACGCUUCGGGAAGUUCACGGAGUUUCGGUUCUUGUUGUGUUUUCGUGCUUCUCUCUCAUCGCUGUCGUCGGUCUGUUGGGGGCCAUCGGGUUAUCCGCUUUCAACACUCGCUCUUCCUUGGACCAACAUCUUUUCGUGCGAACGCAUGUCGCGGCGUACUUCCUCUCGCUUCUGUUGGCGGAUAUGAUUCAGGCAAUUGGUUCUAUCAUGAACGCAAAGUGGAUUGCGGGGAUGGUCACCGAAGUUGGUUCUUUCUGUACCCUCCAGGGGGUGUUGAAGCAGACGGCUGAUGUGGCCACGGCGUUUUGGACAUUGGUGAUCGCCAUCCACACAUUCUGCCUGCUGUUCUUGGAAAUCAAGUCCAGCCGCUUCACGCUGAUGACGACUCUCAUCGCUGGAUGGGCCGGUAUCGGGACCAUCGUCAUCGCUGGACCCGCGUCUAUGAACACCAGCAAGCACGGCCCGUUCUUCGGCAUCUCCGGAUACUGGUGUUGGAUCGCGCCAAACUAUCCUCACUCGCGGGUCACCCUGGACUACAUGUUUGCAAGUCCUGGCGCCUAUAUCCAAGAAUGUUAUCUAAUCGAAAGCAGAUGUACAUCGCCGCCAUCUUCAGUUUCGUCCUGUACAUCCUCAUCUUUUUGCGGAUGCGAGGCAACAUCAUCGUCGAAGGAUUCCGCAUUUCUUUCCGUCGUUCGGGGCUCAGUCAAUGGCGGGGGAAACGAUUCAACGCCCAGGCUUUGACUAUCGCCAAGCAGAUGCUUUUGUCGGUUUGAUUCCUGUGCAAGUCUUCUCUGCGUUGAUUAUCAGUGCAGGUAUCCCAUCGCAUACACAAUCCUAAUUUUGCCAAUCACGGCAUCGCGAUUCACUUACUUUGCCGGCUAUCGUGUUCCCUUCGGCGUCACCAUCUUUGCGUAAGUUGGGCCAUAGUAUGAGUCAAUGGCGCAAGCUCACCGGCUCCCAGCGACUCCAUCUUC